AACGAGGACGCGGAGGAUGAGCUGCCCAUCAGCGACGAUGAGCCAAUGGGCAGGCCGGAUGGGGAAGUGGGGAGACACGCGCGAGACACAGCUGUUUGCCCUAGGCUAUGAUAUAGGCUCGGCGUUUUCAAGAUGGCGGCUGUGCCGGACUCUGACGAUGAGGGGGAAAGAAUGAGCAUGAAAGACAAAGCUAAGCUGCGGUUGAAGAAAUUUGAUGUUGGAGACCGAUUUUCCCAUUUGCCACUAGCAAAAGCCUCUGUUCUUAUCCCACUGAUGGUCAAAGAUGGAAAACUGUGUGUUCUUUUCACUGUCAGAUCAAUGAAGCUGAGAAGGUCACCGGGAGAAGUCUGUUUUCCAGGAGGUAGAAGUGAUCCAACAGACAGAGAUGAAAUAGCCACAGCUCUCCGAGAAGCCAAGGAAGAAGUGGGACUCCAUCCUGAACAGACCGAAGUCAUUUGUAGGCUUGUACCUGGAAUAGAUAAAACGUUUUCUUUAGUAACUCCAGUUGUAGCCUUUAUAGAAGAUACAUUCCAAGCCCAUCCUAAUCCAGAAGAAGUCAGUGAUGUGUUCUCUGUCCCAUUGGAGUAUUUUAUUAGUCCUUUAAAGUACAGAGUGAUACCUCUUGUGAAGAUGGGAGAGGUUUCAUAUUUGAUGCAUUCCUUUGAAUAUGAUGACCCGGAGCGCAAGACAUCCUUUACAAUAUGGGGUCUCACAGCAAACUUUGUGGUGUUCCUUGCUCUUGCAAUUUUUGGAAAGAAACCAACAUUUAAAGUUCAGUUUGAUCUUGAUAACCUGAAUUCUUCAGCUGAGAACAAUUUCAUGAAGUUAUACAAUGGGGGGAGAAGCAAACUUUGACUUGUGGAACUGUUAAUUUUUCCUACCAAAACAUAUAAGUCAGACAAAUAUUUGGCUUAAAUACAUUUCUUUAAAUUGUCAAACACUUAUUUGGCUUAAAUACAUUUCCUUAAAUUGUAUUUGUAAAUUAUAGAAGUAUAUAAAUUUAUGGAUCCACUUUUGCAGUGUUCAUGUCUUGACAUGAUUAUACAAAAUAAAACACACUGGUCACCAGUCAUCUAUUCUGUAUCACGUUUCUAUCAAAAGGACCAAAAUUUCAAUUUGCAUCAGUCUCUCAGGCUGCUAUUCUAAGCUCAGUGGAAUUCACUUCUGUCUAGGCAUGCAUAGGAUUGCACUGACAGGUGAUUUCUCACAUUUUUUACAGACAUGCACAUUAGAAAUGUUUAGAUUGACAUUUUUCCUCUUUAAAGUACAUGUAAGUGGCUAUACCUAGAGAAAUUUAUUUCAUGAGACAUUUAAUCAAUUUAAUUAUAACUAAACAAGUAGAGAAUUAUAUAUUCCAUGUAUUUUAAAUGGGAAUGUAAUGACUUACACACAUACAGGAGAAAUUGCAUUGAAUUUGGUGAAGUCUAGCUUUAUUUCCCAGUCUGUAAGUUCCUUGCAACUUGCAAUUUUGAAUGAACUGCUGACGUUAUCGGCACCUCAUGUACAACAAAUAUGAGAAAGUUUACUUCCCCUCUCCCUCUUUUUGCCUUUUCAGUUGUGUGGAACAGUAAAUCAUUUGGAACGGUUGUGGUAUGGUAACUUGACUGUCGGCGUUAAGAUGUAGAAAAGCUUUCGUUCAAAUUCCUGUCCACCCAUGAAUUUACUAGAUAACCUUACUGGCUUGACUAUCCAAUUUGCCUCACAGGGCGGGCUGUGAGGAUAGAAUGAAAUAAUGUAGGAAAUGGGUAAAGUUGUGACAAAUAUUUAUUCAUUUUUAAAUAAUAUUUAUAUGCUGUUUAAUAUAAUAAAACCUCUAAGUAGUUUACAUACAAUGGACUAUAUUUAUAACGUAAAUGAAGCACCAGGCACAAUGAGACUUGCAGUUUGGGAUGAGGCCUCUUGGUGGAGCUGUUAG